AUGAAAUCUGCCCUGUUUGUGUUGUACGAGCACGCCGCCGGGUAUGGGCUGUUCAGCGUGAAGGAGUUCGAAGAGAUCGGCAUGCUACUACCGCAGGUAGAGGCAUCGAUCCUGGAUAUGGCACGGUUCAAUGCGAUCGUCAAGCUGGUCGGUUUCCAUCCGUUCAAAACGGCCGUCGCUGCCCUAAAUAAUGUCAAUGCCAUUUCCGAGGGUCUGCUGCCGGACGAUUUGUCUAGCUUUCUUGAUACCACGCUACCGAAAUCGGCGAAGAAUAAGCCGGUAACGCUUGGUGUGGCGGAUGCGAAGCUGGGUGCCGCAAUUGCUGAGGGACUGAAUGUGCAGUGUUCGCACAUUGGUGCAGUGCCGGAAAUAUUGCGUGGCAUUCGGCAUCACUUUACCAGCAUGGUGAAGGGUUUCACCGAUCAGUCGGCCGCAGUGGCACAGCUCGGACUGGGCCAUAGCUACUCGCGGUGUAAGGUGAAGUUUAAUGUGCACCGAUCGGAUAACAUGAUCAUUCAAUCGAUCGCAUUGCUAGAUCAGCUCGACAAGGACGUGAAUACGUUCUCGAUGCGUAUUCGCGAGUGGUAUUCGUACCACUUCCCGGAGCUGUCUAAGAUCGUGUCGGAGAACUACUUGUUCGCGAAGGUGGCUCACUUUAUCAAGGAUCGCAAAUCGCUUACAGCUGAAAGCGUGGUUGGGCUAGAGGAAAUUUUGAUGGACUCGGAAAAAGCACAGGCUAUCCUGGACGCUUCGCGCAUGUCGAUGGGUAUGGACAUCUCGGUGAUCGAUCUGAUGAAUAUAGAAAUGUUCGCCAAGCGGGUUAUUAAACUGUCCGACUACCGACAGCAGCUGUCCAGCUAUCUGCACUCGAAGAUGAACUAUGUUGCGCCGAAUCUGCAGGCCCUCAUUGGUGAUCAGGUUGGCGCUCGGCUAAUUUCGAAGGCGGGCAGUCUUACGAAUCUGGCCAAAUUCCCUGCCUCGACGGUACAAAUUCUUGGCGCAGAAAAGGCUUUGUUCCGGGCGCUGAAGACGAAGAGCAACACGCCCAAGUACGGUUUGCUGUUUAACUCGUCGUUCAUUGGAAGAGCGAACGCUAAGAACAAGGGCCGCAUUUCCCGGUUCCUGGCCAACAAGUGUACAAUCGCAUCCCGUAUCGAUUGCUUCACCGAAACACCUUCCACCGUGUUCGGCGAGGCACUGAAAGGUCAGGUUGAGGAGCGUUUGAAGUUCUACGAGCAGGGCGAAACACCGCGCAAGAAUUUAGACGUUAUGAAGGAAGCGAUUGCGCUGGCUAAGUUAAAAGCGGAUACUAAAAGCAAGAAGAAGAACAAACGCAAGCUAGAGGACGCGAAUGGUGUUGCGGCCGAAAUGAACGGAAGCGGUGGUAAUUCGGCAAAGAAGCAGAAGAAAGCGAAACUGAACGAUACGAACGGAGACGAUGCGGAUGAAUCGACACUGAACGGGUCCACCAUGCUGGACGUUUCGAACGGCGAGGCCAAGAAGAAGAAAAAGAAGAAAAACAAAAAUGGAGCAUCCGCGGUCGAGGCAUGA